AUGUACAGACUUCUGGUAGUGUGCAGCCUGGCUGUGGCGUGCGCCGCGGCGCCCCAGCAGCGCGGCCUCUUCUCGGGCGACCCGGCCACGGCCGCCAUCCUGGCCGAGACCCGCCAGGUGCGGCUGGACGGCAGCUCAGACGUGGCCUACGCCCAGGAGGACGGCGUGCUCUUCAAGGAGACCACCAGCGACGACGGCGAGCGCCGCGGCUCGUACGAGUUCAUCGGCGACGACGGUCAGCUGUACCGCGUCGAGUACACGGCCGGCGCUGGUGGCUUCAAGGUGAUCAGCAGCACGCACGUGGACGCCACUCCGGACCUGCCCAGCGGCCCGGAGCAGUAUUACGAGCCGUCCCCGGUGCCGGCGCCCACACAGGUGCGUCAGCCGGUCCGUCAGCCGGUGCGCCAGCCGGUGCGCCAGCAGGUGCGCCAGCCCGUCACCUCGGCGUUCGAGAUCAACUACAACCCGGCACGACAGGCGAUCCCCGCCACCACCACCACCACGGAGAGCACCGUGCGUAAGAACUUCCACACCGGCAAUGUGGCGCUGUCCCAGGACGGCCAGGGCUACGUCUACAGCUACACCCACACCGGCUGA